UCUGUUGCAAGUAGUUACAAGUCUUAGCAUUUCUGACGUAGGAAAUUAUAUUGCUUCAGACUAAAUUGAGUUUCUGCUAAAUAUUCCUCGAACAAAUAUAUUCCAAUUCGAAACGUUCCAUCUGCAGGAAAGCGUACAUACAUAAUGGAACAUCAAAAACUGGUGGGCAAUUAAUGAAUUUAGUCACCAUGAUAUUUUUGUAACCGUCUCAUCUAUAUACUUGUUGCCGCCUUGGACCUAACAUGUACAAAAAACAAAAUCGAAAACAGUCGACCCUUGGUUGGAACAAAUCACGACUUAUUUCACUAAUAAUUAACCGUAAGCAGAGGAUGUGUGGUCUAAGAUUUGGAAUUCUUGCAAGUGCCUUGCUGGUGUUUCUUACAUAUAUGUAUCUUUAUUACACAAAUAUAUACCCGCAUGAAUGGAGGCCAGAAAUUAGAGAACUUGAUCAAGAAAAUAAACUACACGUGCGCUGCGACCCCCUUGAUAAAUCAAAACAAUGCGUCACAAUUGUCACUGCAUUUUUCUCCGCUGGAAAAUCAAAACAUUCUCUAGACGAAUAUAAAUCCUGGAUGAAGAACUUUUUUGACCAGGUUGAGUCACCCGUCGUGGUAUUUACACAGCCAUCUAUGAGAGAAACCAUGGAAAAGAUGCGAGUCGGAAAACCAAUACAUUUCUUGAUAUACGACGAAAUUUGGGACCUUCCGUGGCUAAAUGAACCUCAUUUUUUGUAUAAGGAUUACCACGAAAUAAAUAAGCUAGAUCCCGAACGGGCCUAUCACUCUCCGGAGCUGUAUGCAAAUUGGAAUUCAAAACCGUGGAUGCUAAAAACCGUUACCGAAAUAAAUCCAUUCAACUCUACCUACUUUUAUUGGAUGGAUAUUGGCUCUGUAAGAAAUCCUAAGACCAAAUUGAAUAAAUUUCUUAAUGUUGACCGAGCAAUUGAGGUGUUUGGCAGGAAUGAGAGAUCGGAAAAUUAUCACAAACUCAAUGUGUUUAGCGUUGCGAAUUUGGAUGACUUAAAUUUAUUCAGAGAUGCAAAAACUUUGGAAGAAAUGCCGAACACGAGCUUUCUUAUUGGCGGAUUUUUUGGAGGAACAAUAUACAGCAUUUACUGGUUUAAUGACACAUUUUACAAAUUACACAACGACUGGUUGAGCGACGGAAUUUUCGUUGGAAAAGACCAAGUCCUUUAUAACUGGAUAGCCAUUAGGAAUCCUCAGCGUUACCGAGUAGUUUGUAGUUGUGAACAAGUGCCAUGGACUUGUGACGACAUUUGGUUUUACUUUCAAGCAUGGUACUCAGGAAAGAGUUCGGCGUGCAGUACUGCAAGUGUCAAAAAUAUGGUAGAGUUUCUCUUUAGACUAAGAUAAAUAAUUUUGCAGGAUAAAUUCUUAAUUGAAAUUAAUUAUUUAUGAUAAUGAUAAAAAUAAUAUGAGACAUGAUAAAAAGAAGAUUAAAAAUCGUUAAAGAAAAAAUUGUACAACCUCGGCAAACUGAUGAAAUACAAAAACGUGUAAUUCUACCAUGGGCAGGAAAACCAACCACCAAAAUUGCUCAGUUUUUGCGCAGGAAACUAUCAUGGGAAAUUGGAUAUUAUCCUGGCCAAAAAGUAUCAACAUUUGUGUGCAACAUGAAACAAAAACCAAAACCACUGAAUGCAGGAAUUUAUGAAUUUAAUUGCGCGAACUGUCCCAAAAAAUAUAUUGGUGAAAGUGGAAGAUGCAUAGAGAAACGCUUUUCAGAACAUCAAAAUGACGUAAGAAGAUCGAACAUCAAGUCACCCAUUUUCCUCCACACAGCUGAAGACCAACAUGAGAUUGACACAAUAUCUUUGAAAAUGAUCAUGAAGGAGCCAAGAAAAUUUCAAAGGAAGUUCAAAGAGGCUCUACUAAUCAGAAGCUCAACUAAUAUUAUGAAUUCAUCUAAAGGAAUGAAUGUCAAUAGUAUAUGGUGCUCAACACUUGUAAAUUUUUUAAAAUUUGGUCCCGUAACUUAGUUGCUAAAGGUAUUCAAAAACAACGAAAAUUGAUGUACAUGUUUAUCAAUUAAUUUUUCGAAUUUGUAACGACCUGAUGAAGGAUUAAGCAUUCCGAAAGCUAGUGUCAAAUUUUAUAAUAAAUAUGAUGUCCUCAGAAUCCAUGCAUUCUUCUUCAAAUUAAUUAUUUAUUUGGCAAAUUUCGCUAAGUAACGAAAAACCAUGUAGAUAAUAACUUUUAUGAAAGACUAAUAUAUGAUAGUAAGUUAGUUUAGUAAUAAAGUUAAAUGUUUUUAUUAUCACUAAUAAUAAAAGUAUUUAGUAUGUACAUGCAUAUAAAAGGUUUUGUGUAUUAGGUUUGAAAUGCAGUGUGAUGACAACUCGGGCACCACUAACUGCCAUAUGUCACACUUACCAAUUGCAAAGGAAAUAUUUCUAGAAAUGGAUAUAUUUAUGUAUAUUAAAAGAUAAA